AUGAGGGAGAGGAGUUCGGUGCAGCAGCACAAGCAUCCUCCCUACGAUGGCGGACUUUGCAACUAUUCCCAGAAAAUCAUCUCCUGCUUCGGACUGGACGUGGCACAUGCGCAGGACACACACCAUUCCAAUGAGAAGCCUCUGAUUCAGUGCUACAAGUGUGGGGAGCCAUGUAAGGGUGAGGUGCUGCGGGUCCAGUCCAAGCACUUCCACCUGAAGUGCUUCACCUGUAAAGUGUGUGGCUGUGACCUGGCUCAGGGAGGCUUCUUCAUGAAAAAUGGAGACUACCUGUGUACCCUGGACUACCAGCGAAUGCACGGUACACGCUGCAACGGCUGUAGGGACUUUGUGGAGGGAGAGGUGGUCACUGCCCUAGGCAAGACUUACCACCCUGCCUGCUUUGUCUGCACCAUCUGCAAACGACCAUUUCCUGCUGGGGAUAGGGUCACCUUCAAUGGCAAAGAUUGUCUGUGUCAGUACUGUGUCCAGCCCACGUCCCCAGGACCUGGCAAAGACCUCAUGGACUCCAACUGCUGUACGGGCUGUGGUAGAGACAUUAAGAAUGGUCAGGCUCUCUUAGCACUGGAGAGACAGUGGCACCUGGGCUGCUUUAAGUGUAAGGCCUGUCAAAAAGUCCUCACUGGGGAGUACAUCAGCAAGGAUGGCGCACCCUAUUGUGAGAAGGACUACCAGAUCCAUUUUGGGGUCCAGUGCGAGGCAUGCCAGCAGUUUAUCACAGGCAAAGUGCUGGAGGCAGGGGACAAACACUACCAUCCCAGCUGUGCACGAUGCAGCAGGUGCAACCAGAUGUUCACAGAAGGAGAAGAGAUGUACCUGCAAGGAUCAACCGUGUGGCACCCUGGGUGUAAGAACACAACCAGAACAGAGGAGCAACAGAGGGAACAGGCAAAAGUAGACAAUGAGAUCCUUGAAUACAGGGACCUAGCCGCCAUUCCCAAAGUCAAAGCCAUUUAUGAUAUAGACCGCCCUGAUCUGAUUACCUAUGAGCCUUUGUACACCUUGUCCCUUGAUGAGAGGGAGGAGAGGAGGGAGAGUGUGGGAGAGUCCUCAAGAAACAUGUCACCUACACCAUCCACUAGCUGCUAUGACAUAAGGGAACGCAUCCUUCAGAGGUCUACCAGUCAGGGCUCCAUCGGCUCACCUGUCUACAAUCGUCAUAGUUACACCCCGUUGUCACGCUCACCACAGCAUUUUCACAGACCAGAUCAGGGGAUCAACAUUUACAGGAAACCACCCAUCUACAAACAACACGAUUCACCCGCACCAAAAAGAAAGUCUGCUGAUGAAAUCAUCAGAUCCGCUACGUUUCCUGCUGCCCAUGUCCCCCCUCUGGAUGACACAUCACCGAGCAAGAGCGACCACUGGCCCCCCUGCGCUCUCUCCCGGGCCCUGGUUGCCUUAGAUGUCCGUAGAAGGAGACGGUCUAGGGAAGAGGAGGAAGAGGAGGCCCUGAAGAGAAAGCAGCUCCAGGAGGAGCAUAUCAACAAGAUCCAGUCUGGUUUGGGGAAGCUGAUAAUGAAGGAGGAGAAUGAGAAGGAGCAGAUCAGGGAACGCAGCCAAUCAGCUCAGCGCUAUGACCCCCAGCAGACCAACUGUGAUGGAGAUGAUUCCAAAACCUCAUCGCUGCCUGGUUAUGGACGGAAUGGAUUACAUCGGCCUCAGUCCACAGAUUUCACUCCGUACAACAGCCAUGGCAACAUGUGUGGGGGAGGAAAAGAGUUUCAGCACAUAAGGGAUGGCAGUGCUGCAGUAACAAGAAUGGACAGGGGAGUAUCUAUGCCUAAUAUGUUGGAAACAAAAGUUGUACCAUAUGAAAUGCUCAUGAUAACCAGUAGAGGGCGAGCUAAACUGCCCAGGGAGGUGGACAGAACAAGACUGGAGCGCCACUUAGCCCCAGAAACGUUCUUUGACAUCUUUGGGAUGGAGAUCCAGGAGUUUGACAGGCUUCCACUGUGGAAACGCAACAGCUUGAAAAAGAAGGCCAAUCUCUUCUAGCAGUCAGAGCAGAAUGCACUCAUCCCAUCCUUUCAGAUAGCACUCUACUCUAACACUGUAACAUAGAUGUAAGAUUUGUUUCGAUUUUUGUCAACCUUUUUUUCUGACAUG